AUGGAAGAUGAAAUUGAAUCAGUUUUGCAGGAGCGGAUAAUGGUUUUGGAUGGAGGCAUGGGUACCAUGAUCCAGCAACGUGCUCUGUCAGAAGAGGAUUUCCGAGGGCAUGAAUUUAAAGAUCAUUCCAGGCCUUUGAAAGGCAAUAAUGACCUUCUCAGUAUAACUCAACCUGAUAUAAUCUGUGACAUACACAAGGAAUACUUGCUGUCAGGUGCUGACAUCAUUGAAACGAACACUUUCAGCAGUACUCGAGUUGCACAAGCUGACUAUGGCCUUGAGCAUUUGGCAUAUCGGUUAAACAAAGUGUCUGCACAGGUGGCCAGAAAAGCAGCAGAUGAUGUAACUGCUCAGACAGGCAUUAGGAGAUAUGUUGCUGGAGCCAUGGGUCCAACAAACAGGACGCUCUCUGUGUCACCGUCUGUGGAGAGACCAGAUUACAGGAACAUAACUUUUGAUGAACUGGUUGAAGCCUAUAAGGAACAAGCCAAAGGACUUUUGGAUGGAGGAGUUGAUAUCUUAUUAGUGGAAACCAUAUUUGAUACAGCCAAUGCCAAGGCAGCUAUUUUUGCGCUCCAGAUGUUGUUUGAGGAAGAGUAUGCUCCCCGACCCAUAUUUGUUUCUGGAACCAUUGUGGAUAAAAGUGGACGUACCCUCUCAGGCCAGACAGGAGAGGCAUUUGUCAUUAGUGUUUCCCAUAGUAAGCCACUUUGUAUCGGCUUAAAUUGUGCUUUAGGGGCAGUUGAAAUGCGACCAUUCAUUGAAACAAUUGGAAAAUGUACAACAGCCUACAUCAUCUGUUACCCCAAUGCAGGUCUUCCCAAUACUUUUGGUGGUUAUGAUGAAACUCCAGAAGUGACUGCCAAGCAUAUAAAGAAUUUUGCUUUGGAUGGUUUGGUCAACAUAGUUGGAGGUUGCUGUGGUACUACACCAGCACAUAUCAGGAGAAUUGCCGAAGCUGUGAAAUUCUGUCAGCCUCGCGUUCCACCUUCUCUCUCUCAAGGAUACAUGCUGCUGUCAGGUCUGGAGCCAUUCAGGAUUGGGCCGUACACCAACUUCGUUAAUAUUGGCGAACGCUGCAAUGUUGCAGGAUCACGGAAGUUUGCUAAGCUCAUCACGGCAGGCAACUAUGAAGAAGCCCUGAGUGUAGCCAAAUUGCAAGUUGAGAUGGGGGCCCAGGUUCUUGACAUCAAUAUGGAUGAUGGGAUGCUGGAUGGCCCUGCUGCAAUGACCAGAUUUUGUAACUUGAUUUCUUCAGAACCUGAUAUUGCAAAGGUGCCGUUAUGCAUUGACUCCUCAAAUUUUUCAGUGAUUGAAGCAGGUUUGAAAUGUUGCCAAGGGAAAUGCAUUGUAAACAGCAUCAGUCUGAAGGAAGGUGAGGAAGACUUUUUGGAGAAAGCAAGGAAAAUUAAGUUGUAUGGAGCAGCUGUAGUUGUCAUGGCUUUUGAUGAAAUGGGGCAGGCAACAGAAACAGAAACCAAGAUUGCAAUCUGUUCCAGAGCUUAUCACCUCCUUGUGGAAAAAGUGCACUUCAAUCCAAAUGAUAUAAUAUUUGAUCCUAAUAUUUUGACCAUAGGAACUGGAAUGGAAGAACAUAACCUGUAUGCCAUUAAUUUUAUCAAUGCUACUAAAACCAUAAAAGAAACACUGCCGGGAGCCAGGAUAAGUGGAGGUCUUUCCAAUCUGUCUUUCUCCUUUCGAGGAAUGGAUGCUAUUCGAGAAGCAAUGCAUGGGGUGUUCCUUUACCACGCAAUUAAGUAUGGCAUGGACAUGGGAAUUGUGAAUGCUGGGAAUCUGCCAGUGUAUGAUGAUAUCCAGAAGGAAUUGCUACAGCUGUGUGAGAAUCUAAUCUGGAACAAAGAUCCUGAUGCGACAGAGAAACUUUUACAUUAUGCUCAAAAUCAUGCCCAAGGAGGAAGAAAAGUUGUACAGACCGAUGAGUGGCGGAAAAGCUCUGUGGAGGAAAGGCUGGAAUAUGCUCUCACAAAGGGCAUUGAGAAGUAUGUCACUGCAGAUACAGAAGAAGCAAGAUUAAAUCAGCAAAAAUAUCCUAGACCUCUAAAUGUAAUUGAAGGGCCUUUGAUGAAUGGCAUGAAAAUCGUUGGUGAUCUUUUUGGUGCUGGAAAGAUGUUUCUGCCUCAGGUGAUAAAGUCUGCUCGAGUUAUGAAGAAAGCAGUUGGCCACCUUAUUCCCUACAUGGAAAAAGAAAGAGAGGAAAGGAGAGCCAAACAGGGCAGCAUAGAGGAAGAGGAUCCUUAUCAUGGCACAAUAGUACUAGCAACUGUGAAAGGAGAUGUACAUGAUAUCGGCAAGAACAUUGUGGGAGUCGUUCUGGGCUGCAACAACUUCAGAGUUAUUGAUUUAGGAGUCAUGACUCCAUGUGAUAAGAUAUUGAGAGCUGCUGUUGAGAACAAAGCAGAUAUAAUUGGCCUAUCUGGUCUCAUCACCCCUUCUUUGGAUGAAAUGAUUUUUGUCGCCAAGGAAAUGGAGAGAUUGGCAAUAAAGAUUCCUUUGCUGAUUGGAGGAGCAACUACUUCUAAAACACACACAGCUGUUAAAAUUGCCCCACGAUAUAGCGCACCUGUAAUUCAUGUCCUGGAUGCAUCCAAGAGUGUUGUGGUUUGCUCCCAGCUCUUAGACGAAAGUGUAAAGGAUGAUUUCUUUGAAGAAAUAUUAGAGGAAUAUGAAGAAAUUAGACAAGAACACUAUGAGUCUCUCAAGGAAAGAAGAUACUUGCCUCUACAGCAAGCUAGAAGAAAAGGUUUCCAUAAUGACUGGUUAUCAGGCCAUAAACCAGUUAAACCGAAAUUCAUCGGCACAAAAGUCUUUGAAGAUUAUGACCUGAAGAGGCUGGUAGAAUACAUUGACUGGAAGCCUUUCUUUGAUGUCUGGCAGCUUAGGGGAAAGUAUCCCAACCGGGGUUUCCCUAAAGUCUUUAAUGAUAAAACUGUAGGUGAAGAAGCAAAGAGAGUUUAUAAUGAUGCUCAAAAUCUACUGAAAAUGUUGAUUAAUCAAAAGAAAUUACAAGCCAGAGGUGUGGUUGGGUUCUGGCCAGCUCAAAGUGUUCAAGAUGAUAUCCACUUAUAUGCUGUAGAAGAGGCAGUGGGAUCUUCAGAACCAAUAGCAAAAUUUUAUGGCUUGAGGCAACAGGCUGAAAAGGACUCUGCCUGUACAGAUCCAUAUUACUGCCUCUCUGACUUCAUAGCACCACUGGAUUCUGGCAUUUGUGACUACUUAGGCCUGUUUGCUGUGGCCUGCUUUGGUGUAGAUGAGUUAUGCAAUGAAUUCAGGAAACAGGAUGAUGAAUACAACAUCAUAAUGGUAAAGGCUCUUGGCGAUCGGUUGGCAGAGGCAUUUGCUGAGGAGCUCCAUGAAAGGGUUCGAAGGGAAUUCUGGGCUUACUGUAGUACUGAGCAGCUAGAUCUCUCUGACCUACGCAGAAUUAAAUAUGAGGGAAUUCGCCCUGCCCCUGGAUAUCCAAGCCAGCCUGACCAUACAGAAAAACUCACCAUGUGGAAACUUGCAAACAUUGAGGAAACAACAGGAAUUGGUUUAACUGAAUCACUAGCAAUGAUACCUGCUUCUGCAGUUUCUGGCCUCUACUUUUCCAGUCCCAAAUCCAAAUAUUUUGCUGUUGGCAAGAUAUGUAAAGAUCAGGUUGAAGAUUAUGCACUGAGAAAAAAUUUGUCUGUGGCAGAGGUGGAGAAGUGGCUGGGACCCAUUUUGGGAUAUGAUACUGAGUAACUGUGACACUUGUGGGCGAACAUUUUUUUUUUUUUUGAUGAUCUAUUCACCAG